AGUUAAAAUCAGGAUGCAAAGCAAGAUGGACGUCAAAGAAGGAAGACUUCAAACUUUGCUCUCGAAAUUGAGAAAAAUUUCGGAAGAAGCCGAGGAUAACAAUGAUGUGCCGCUCGAUUUGCGCUGCCCCAGUGCCAAAAUGCGGAAUAACAAAGUGUUAGCCGAUUUGAGUGACAUGCUAAAAGUUGUCGAAGAUAUCGCUUUGGAGGAAAAAACUACCGAUUCCAAGAAGCCGGCUAAUUCUGAACAGCAGAUCAAUGGAACAAUUGAAUUAGCACUCGAUUUGCGCCAGCCCAAUGCCAAAAUACGGCUUGUGAUUUCCGAUUCGAGUGACUUGCAAAAAGUUUUCGAAAAAGCACAUAUCGCUCUCGAGUUAAAAACAACCGAUUCCAAGCCGACGGCUGAGACUGACGACCAGCACCAUGUGCGAAUUUUCGAUAAGAUGCUUUGCAACAUCGUUGUGCCGCCGGAUGUAGCCGAUGUCCAGGUGAAUGGAAAGCCAUUGGAGCAGUUGUUAGCCACCGUGUCGGAGCGCCAGGCAAUGAACAAUCCUGGCCCAAUGAAGAUGCAUGAACUGCACACCGGCAAUGCUGACUUCAUGAAUAGCAAUAGCCAAGUGGCAGAAGCUGCUGCGUCAGUGGAAACACUGCUAGCGUCGACAUCGGACAACGAUAGCGACAGCGAUGGACUCGAAUCAAAAACGACGGAUGGUUACAUUGUCAAGGAACUGAUACCGUCGUUUUCCGAUUUCCCGGAUAUCGGUGAUGUUAGUUUGUGUGCACUGAUGUAUGGACUGCCCAUGGAUGCCGUUGGCAUGCACUGGAAGCUGCCGCCGCAGCGUAUCCAGGAUAUCUGCAAGGAGGACUCUAUCUUCCCGAUCAUCAUGAGCUGUGUGUUCUCUCCGUGUGAGUUCUGGUUCCACAUUGUGCCACCGCAGUACGCCAAGAAUCCUGUAGCCGAGAUGACCAUUGAUCUAAACUGGUUCUAUCGCCAUACGACGAUCAGCAGCUACCGUGCCGAGUUGCCUAGCUAUUUCUAUAAAGAGGGCUACAUAUGCGCCGCCUACAGCGAGUGUGGCUGGCGACGUGCCAUGGUGCUCGUCACCGCACCGUUGGACGCCCAAUGUGUGAACAUAGAGUAUGUGGAUCAUGCCCUGUCUGUCACAUUGGCACCGAACCAUCUACGAUUCCUCCCACUAAGCUUUGCGCGCACACCGCCAUUGGUAUUUCGCGGCAAAAUGUCGCACGUACGCCCAUUGGCCAAUGGGUGGCCAAAAAAUGGUAUCACCGCAUUCCAGCGCAUGACAUUCAAUAGGGUAUUGUAUGCCCAUGUCGGCGAACUGGAUACCGCUCAGGGUAUAUUCUCUAUGCGGCUAUCGUAUGAUGAAACUUUUGUGCCCACCAUCAACGAUCUAAUCGAGUCGCGGAUCAAGUUGGAGUCCUGUUGCUAUGCGCCCGAACUGCAGCCUUUUGGGAUGGUCGAGCCGCUAAUUAUGCCGCUGCACGAUUAUGAUGAUGAUGAUGAUGAUGAUGAUGAUUUCGCAUUCGUUCCAUAGGGAUUACCAUGUGCCCAAGGCGCUGAAUCCAUUUCAAAAUAAAAAUGAAUGACGCACUUCUAGUGGGCAACCAGGAGCAGAAGCAGAAGCAGGAGCAGGAAUGAUGAAAACAGGACAAAACCAGACGACGGAACAUACAUAAAUCAUCAAGCUGGCAUGUUUGCCAAUCAUUUAUCUCAGGGAUGAACUGCAUCAUUUGAAAAGUGUAACUUGAACAUGAAAUUGCUGUUUGUUUUUUUUUUUCUUUUUUUUUUUUUAUUAUUAUUUGUGAAAUGUAAUACCAUACCCAUAAUUUUAUUACCAAAUAAAGAUGCGAAAAGGUUGCCAG